ACUAAAUUUAGAAAACUUUCAAAAUUAAAGUGAUAUAUGCAUUUAUAGAUUAUCUGUCAAAAGAUGUUCCCUCCCACCAAGACAUUUUAAACCCCAUUUCAAUCCUUCCUUCUAACCUAACCUUUCCAAAAUAAUACAUUUUAUUUCUUAGUAUUGUACCAUCACGAAACGUUUAAUAAAUUAACAAAAUUAUUAGUUUAAACUUAAUUGAUAGUAAUUAAAUAGAAUGUGUGAACGAAAACUGACAGAAAAGCAACCUCCAAAGACGCACAUGGCGAUAUAAAAAUAGAUAGGGCGGUGGCACAAAUCUAAUUAAAGUUGUAUUUAACGAAAAAAAAUCCUGAAAAAGAAAAUGAAUAAAAGCUUAGAACCAAAAAUAAUCGCAAAAAGACCACGCCCUUCGAAUCUGAAAGAAUUAGUCGAAUAAAAUGUGAGGUUAUGUGACUAAAAGUGAGAUGAUGUGAAAGAAAUACAAGAAAAUAACAUCCAACAAAUCUAUAAAUGCAUAGUUUUCGGUUUCGUUUGAGAAAAUUAUCCGUAUGGGUGGCGGUUUUCGUGCAAUUAUUGGUAAUAACCUAUUAUUUUUCAAUAAAAAAAGAUCAGGUGGUCCCUGUUCAAGACACCGUUACAUUUAUACGGUUUAAAAAUUUCACUUGGACAACAAACGUUACAUAUCACACCAAAUACUCGUCGAUUGCUCUAAAAAGAGUGCCUACAAGACUUGGUUAUACAGAUUUUAAUACGAGUUUGUGUUAUACGAAUGGAACGGAUGUAAAGGAAAUGAGGCGUUCUAAUGAUGUUAAUUGGAAAUGUUUGUGUUUACCUGGAUGGCAUGGAACGGAUUGUGGGCAACCUGAGGUGAUUUGGAGAGGUUUGUUAGCAUAUCGAAAGGCUUUAUCGAUAAAAGGUCCUAGAAAACAUGCCCGUAGAGUAAUUUAUGUGUGCGAAACGAAUGAGUACACUGAAAUUUUAACUGAGAUACGCGUUAAUGAGUUAGAUGAUGUAGUCGAUUUAUACGUGUUAUACGAAAUUAAUUCGAAUUAUUUAGAAAAACGUUUAAAUACCAAACGAUUUCUUAAAAAACAACUUAAUAAAAUAUUAUAUUUAAAUAUUAAUGAUAAAAAUAAUUUAUGGAAAAUUAUUAAAAAAUUAAUAACAAAUAUUGAUGAGGAUGAUAUUAUAUUAACUAGUGGAAUUAAUGAAAUCCCUAAUAAAUUAGGUAUAGGUUAUUUUAAAUUUUACAACGAUUGGCCCGAACCUAUUAAUUUCAGAUUAAAAUAUUCCGUUUACGGUUUCUUUUGGACGCAUCCAUCGAAAACGAUUGUAACAGGGGGAGCGUCUACCGUUCGUUAUUUAAACGAGGUCUUAAAUGACGACUUGAUAUACCUUAAUAGCAAUAAAACGCUUUCAAAUCUUAGUAAUAAAAAUUUCAUCAUUGGCGAUCUCAACCAUUACGGGGGUUGGUUCUGCGAAUACUGUACCGACCCUUUACUUAUUAUCAAUUAUUUAAAGGCCAAAGUCAACGACACAAUAUCCUGGGAUAAAGUUCACGUUAUCGAUAAUAAUUACAUAGAAAAUUUAAUUGAAAACGGUGUUUAUAUCGAUGGCAAAACCAAUUUGAAUAGAGCGCACAGAAAUCGUGAAAACUAUUUUGCACCUGAAUUUGCUAUCGAAAAUUCGUGGAAAUUCGAUUUUUUAUUAGUCAAUAUGUUUUCUAAAAUAGAUUAUUACGAAUAAUUUUGAUGCUUAACAUUGCCUUUGCAUGGAUAAAAUAAAUAAUAAAACAACAAUGUAUAUUAAAUGACAGAUAAUCAUGUAUAGUAAAAUAAUAAACCAAUAAAAAAAAAUGUAAUUUUGAGACAGGAAUCUUGUUUCUUUUAUAAGACUGCACUUUACAAGAAAACACCACUUAUUAAAUAACUACAUAAAUGAAUUUUCUUGACCACACAAUCCACAAUCGUGGAUUCUCUUAUAAAAAUGAUAUUUCUACAACUGUGAUAUGUUUAUUAACAUUGUAAACGAAUAAUAGUUUUUCCUUUGUGAUUGUGUUAUAAUGUUUAUUAAAUAAAGAUUGAUUAAAAUAAA